UUCAGAACUAAGAGAGAGGAUGUGAGCCGCAUGAAGAGCAGCCCGCUUCGCUUCCUCAUCAGCUCUCUGAUUGCCCUUAGAGACAGGGUCAUCGUGGCGUAAUCCAGAGGUAUCACAACUUCUACUCCAAUGACAGCGGCAGAAUAUCCUGACUUUAAAAACCACACAAGUCUGAAUAUGAGUUCUUCUUGCACAGAUGUGAAUUGUAUCAUCUACUCAGUGGCGAAUGUGAUCAUCUUCGUCCUGGGUGUUGCUGGAAAUGGUUUAGUGAUCUGGAUUGCAGGCUUUAAGAUGAAGAAGUCCGUCAUCGCCACCUGGUACCUGAGUCUGGCCGUGUCCGACUUCAUAAUGUGCUCCACCUUGCCCUUUGGUGUUGUCCAAAAGGUUACAAAUGAGUGGAUCUUUGGACGCUUCAUGUGUAAAUUCCGGUAUUUCAUCAAGCUUCUCAACAUGUACAGCAGCAUCUUCCUCCUCGUCAUCAUCAGUGUGGACCGCUGUGUGGUUGUUAUGUUUCCUGUAUGGGCUCGGAACAAGCGCACCAUAAGAAAGGCUGUCGUGACAGUCAUUCUAACUUGGAUCGUCUCAGCAGCACUUAGCUCACCAGCGGCCAUUUUCCGAGACAUUCAGGACAAACAGAAGACACAAUGUAAAAGAACUGGCAUAAAUGAGCAAAGCCAUUUUGCCAUAGUGUAUUGCAGAUUCAUUUUUGGAUUCGUGAUCCCGUUCCUGAUCAUUGUCAUCUGUUAUGUCAUCAUCAUGCGAAAGCUGAAGUUCAACCAGAUGGCGACGUCCAAAAAGCCAUUCAAGAUCAUGACGCUGCUGAUAGCUGCUUUCCUCAUCUGCUGGUUGCCUUUUCAUCUUUAUUCUCUUUUAAGAAUACGUUAUAAAGAAUUUAAUUUUGUCAAAAUCCUAGAUUUAUUUGGCGUCAUUCUUGCCAACGCCAACAGUUGUUUGAACCCGAUUCUUUAUGCGUUCAUGGGGAGGGACUUUAAGAGGCAGUGUUAUGCGGUUCUGUCCAACAUUGAGAAUGCAAUUGAGGAGGAGGAGGAGGGCCAGGAAGGAGUCCAAGGGACAGUUGUCAACACCGAUGAGGAAAGCAUAAGUUCAGCCAUUUGACAAAUUUGAACAGUUGAAAGGAAAACAAUAUUUUACUUGUUUAUUUAACACAAAAAAACUAAUAAAAAAAUAAUUUACACCCGAAAAAGUGUAACAAUGCUUGCUUUAACUGUAGGUACAAAAUGACUAGAUUUUAUGAGGAGAAUGAUGCCCGAAGCUAAAACUGUAAAGGCUUGUAAUUUAUAAAAGAAAAAAAGGGCAAGCCUUAACAUCAAGGAUGGGAAUUAUUUGCUAUAAGUCAUGAAAUAUUAUCUAUGUACUAGUUAACUGUUCAUUAGUGUAGCAUUAAAUUAGUUCAUCUCUUAAAUUAAGUUUUUAUACACACUUCUAUAACCCAAAAAGCCAGUUUGCAUUCAGCCAGUUAGCACUGAAGUCUUUGUAGCUAAUGAAUAAAAAGCCUUAUUAUGUAAUAAGCCUGAGAUUUUAAUGGCUUAGGAGCCAUUACUGGGGAAAA